UUCAAAUGAAAAUUAUUAAAUUGAAUUAGAAAAAUAAAAGAAUUUAAGCAAUAAUUUGGAAUUGUAACAACGGUGGUGGACAAAAAUGAAUUGAGGAAGAAAUGUGUCAAGAAUAACCCAAAGAGGAUUUCCUUUAAUAAUUCCACAGCUUUGGGAUGUAAUUUGUGGGACAAAUGUGCUGGAGUCAGAAGAAACGAACAAGUGCAAUGAGGAAGGAUAGAGCAGUGAAGGAUUGUCAGUAUUGUGGGAAAAAGUACAAAUUUACAAAGAGUCUCUCUAAGCACAUUGAAAAAGCUCACAAAGUUGUGAAGGAUGAGGUAGAAAAUGAAAUUCUGGAGGAGGAAUUGAAGAGAAACCCAGCAGAAUUAGCCAAGAAUCCCCAGAGCAUAACAGAAAAGGAAUCUGUUGUAUUUGAUCAGCUGAACAGGAUCAUCAAAAGUGAACCAGAGAGUGAAGACAACGAUGAAGAGGAGCAUUCGAGGAAGGCCCCUGAAGAUCUCAGAGAAAAGGAGGAAGUCAAAAUACAAGCAAAGAUUGAAUUUAUAGACAUCCAGGAAAGUUCCCUCUGUGAUGAGAAGGGAAAGAAGGAUUUCUCCACGAGAUGCGCAAGAACAACGGAGAAGGGAGAAAAGGAAUAUAUUUGUGCAAUUUGUAAGAAAAUCUACCCACGACCAAGUCGCCUAAGAAGACACUUCCGGAAGCAUACUGGUGAGAAGAGAACCAAAUGGUUCAAUUGCAAUACGUGCCAGAAGCAGUUCUCAACGGAAGAGAAGCUCAAAAAGCACAAUCUCCGGAAGCAUUCAUCAAACGAGGGAUCUUGUGUCAAUCAAAAAACAUCUAAUGGUCAAGCUAAUGGGGAAGAUCCAAUGGAAUUAUCAUCAAUUCCACUUCAGGAAGAUACGAGAAAUUCCUUUGAAAAUUCCGAUGAGCGAGACAUCCUCGGGGAAGUAGACAUAAAAUUGGAGCCUGAUGAAGCCGAUGAUGGUGGUGAAGUUGAUGAAUUUGCAGAUUUUUAUCCUGAAGAAAAUCAUCAUUCAGAAGAUGACAAAUUGAAAGAGAAUUUCAGGAAAAAGGAGGAAAAACUCCCCACUGCUGUAAAGCCCAAAACAGGUACAAAGAGACCCAAAGAAGCUCGCAGGACGGAUGGAGGAGGACUUUCGAAGCGUGGUGGUCCCUUCAAGUGUACCUACUGCAGACUCUCCUAUUCGCACCAGAAGUUCCUCGAUAGGCAUUUGCUGUACCACACGGAGAAGGAAAAGCCCUUCCCGUGCAAAUCCUGCGAGAAGCAAUUCGACAAAUCCAGCGAACUGCGCUUCCAUCGGGAGAAGGUUCAUGCGCAGGAGAAGUGUGACGUGUGCGGGGAGAUGAUGGUAUCGCUGCACGAUCGACAGAGGCACAAGACAAUGCAUGCGGAGAAGAAGUACAAAUUCGAAUGCGGCAUCUGCCAGAAGCGACUGUGCAGGUUGAAAUCACUGCAGAAUCACAUCGAAAGGACGCACAUGGGGGAGAAGUUCAAGUGUGAGAUUUGCCUGAAGGGAUUCCCACGCGUCGGGCUACUCAUGGCGCAUUCAAUUGAGAAGCACGGCAACGAGAAUCCAUUCAGUUGCAAAAUGUGCGGAUUUAAGGUGAAUCGCCUGGCCAGCUUGAGAUCUCACAUGAUAACGCACACGAAGGAGAAGAACUUCCACUGUGAAACAUGUGGGAAGGCUUUUGGGCACUCAAGUACCUUCCACAAGCACCUCCGGAUGCAUGAGCGUGCCAAAAUGGCACCACCGAUUCGGGAUAAACUGGAUGAGGUGGCUCGUGCGCGGGAAACUCGUGAGAGGCUCUUUCAGUGCGAAGUCUGCGCCAAGGCUUUCAUCCGUAUGGCCGAUUUGAAGCUCCACCUUCGCUUUCACAGCGAUGUGCGCCCGUACAAGUGCACCGUCUGCCCAAAGGCCUUCCAUUCUUCAUCAAUCAUGAAGAAUCACAUUGAUCGACAUUUCGGCAUACGGAAGCACGUCUGCAAGCACUGUGGGCUCACGUACACCGACCCAACGGGUCUCCGGAGGCAUCUCGUGAAGCACGGCGAUAGUCGCGUGAAGACCUUCGCAUGCGAUCAAUGUGGGAAGAUUUUUGUGCAGAAAUAUCAACUUAUUCGGCACACCUCGACGCACAUCCCGGGAUCACAGACACGUCGUCGUGGAGGAGUGCAUCCGCGGGAAAAGAGAGAGGAAUACCAAUGUCGUCUCUGCCAGAAAGUCUACAUUCACAAAUCAGGGCUGAAGAAGCACCUGCAGAAGCACGGAGAUGGAUGCGGGAAGCAAAUUGAGUGUCCGCAGUGCAAUAAACGCUAUCUCGAUGCUGAAGAACUGGGAAGGCAUCUCGAUACGCACGUUAAUCCCGUUGUGACGGAAGUUUCCUACCCAUCACUCAUUGUUACACCUGCCAUGCAGCAGGAUAUCUUCCUGCCACCCACAACGCAAGUUAUUAUCCUCCCUGGGGGUCAGCAGAAGGAGCAGGAAGGCCAUGAAGGAUUCCCCGAGACUUCCCAAGAGGGUUAACCCUCCGUAUGCUAUGAGGAGUAGGUGACCGACCCCAGAGCUAUAUUUCGAUUAAUUGCGUCUUAGUUCUUAGAGAUUUAGAACCAAUCUUUUGGAAAUAAGUUUCUUGGUUAUCUGAGAAGAUUGUGUAAAAAUUUCAGGUCGAUCCGACCACCAGGAAAAAAGUUAUAAACAAAAAUGUAAGAAGUGGGAAUUCAAAAAUUGGUGAAACGGUAAAAUUUAUUCCAUUCGUCCUUGACAUUUCUAACCUCAAAAAGCUCAUUGAAAAAAUUAUCCAAAAAAUCCAUUAAAAAAUAAUUUUUUGUGUUAAAAAAUUCUCUCAAACCUCUCAAA